CAAGUUUCCACUUCUUCCUUAACCACGUCCUUCUCCAUUUCCUUUAUUAACAUUCUCUCCAAAAAUUACCCUCAAAAGAGCAAACUUUAAAGAGUGAAAAGAUCCCAACAAAUACACAGAACAGAACAACAAUGGCAAACAAUGCAUCUCUCUUCCUUAUCUUUCUCACUGUCUCACCCUUCUUAUUAUCCUCCUUCAUUGAGGGAGCGCAGCUUAUACUAGUGAACAACUGUCAAGAGAGCAUAUGGCCGGGGAUUCUCGGCGGCGGAGGCCAAAUCACACCUAAAAACGGCGGCUUUCACAUGGGAAGCGGCGAAGAGACAAUCAUAGACGUCCCAGACAAAUGGUCCGGACGCAUAUGGGGCCGACAAGGCUGCAUCUUCAACCAAAACGGCAAAGGCUCAUGCCAAACCGGAGACUGCAACUCCGGCUCACUCACCUGCCAAGGAACCGGCGGUGUUCCUCCAGCAACCGUCGUGGAGAUGACACUAGGCUCCACUUCCUCGCGGCUUCAUUUCUACGACGUGAGUUUAGUAGACGGGUUCAACCUCCCCGUGUCGAUGAAACCUAUAGGAGGAGGAGUGGGGUGCGGCGUGGCGGCUUGUGAAGUUGAUUUGAAUGUUUGUUGUCCUUCGGCGUUGGAAGUUAAGAGAGAUGGGAGAGUGGUGGGGUGUAAGAGCGCUUGCUUGGCGAUGCAGUCUGCGAAGUAUUGUUGCACGGGUGAAUAUGCGAAUCCUAAGGCUUGUAAGCCGACGCUGUUCGCGAAUUUGUUUAAAGCGAUUUGUCCGAAAGCUUAUAGCUAUGCGUUUGAUGAUUCUAGUAGUUUGAAUAAGUGUAGAGCUUCUCGUUAUGUUAUUACUUUCUGUCCUCCUAAGUGA